AUGUCUGACGGUCCCGGAGGGAAAGAGGCACAGCUGGGAGGAUAUGGACUUAUCCGAGUCGUUGAGGGGGAGCACUCAGAUGCCUGGAAGGCCUUUUGGGGUGUCGAUAUCCAGUUGCAGGAGGAGGCUAUGUGGAAGCAAUGGAGUGACGCGUUGAGGCCGCUCAAACGGAAUGCUCCACUAGUAGACCUGGCUAAGGCCACCCCGUGGAAAGUCAGUCUCGCGCGUACCGAUGGAAGAAUCAUGGUGUCGGAUGAGUAUGAGCGUCUGGAGGCCCGGACUGCAGACUACACUCGCGGAAGUGGCUGCGAUGAUUCGGUCAUAGCCGGGCAAAGUGGUUCCGGCAGAUCGUAUCUCUCGCACUUUAUACUGGCACACGCUCUAUCCCGUCGACAAAAUAUAAUCUUCUUUACUGGCAAACACGUCGUGCUUUUUUGCCCAUUGGGCGCUUACUCCGGCGAAGCACUAAACGUCGACCUCUCUUCCUGUUCAGAUUUCUGCGGGAUUAUCGAGGGCCGUCCCGUAGUGCUUGUAGACGUCGACAAAGAGCGUGACACUUUCGGACCACCGGAGAUGAUGUUCUCCUCUAUACGCGUGUAUCCUCCCAACUCGCAUCACUACGAGCGGUGGAUCGGCAGUAAUGGAUCGAAUAGACUAGUUCUGGACCCACUUCCAGCCCGCUCAGUGGUCUCUGCCGCAACUCUGCAAUGUCAUAUCAAGGCCACAACGCAGUGCUUACAACAGCUCAUGACUUGCCUUCGUGUUGCAGGGAUUAACUUACGCUCCAGCCUUUCAUUAGACAGUUCUACACUGCGCUCUGAGCUGCGAGAGUAUAUCUCGGGAUUGACCACAAAAUCACUGGCAGAGUUCGCGAACCGUGCCCGUCUAUCCCGGUCCCAAGUGAAGGUUGCGCGUCCCGGGGAAGGUCCUGAUAUCGUCUUGUUGAGACGAGAGAUGACGCCGGCUGAAGCAUGUUUACCGGUCAUCGCUUCCCGACACAUCCUUGGCGAGAUUAGCACAUCCCAUGGAUUCGCGGGUCUAUCAAUUCUCAAAAACAUGGAGGCCGUUCGGCGAACGCUUGACGGGUUUUUGGACACUAGAACGUGGCUUUUCGAACACCUCUGCCACGCGUUGUUAUCAAGCGAGUCGCCCGAGCCCCUCCCUGGCACCACGCUCUCCCAAUGUUUUCCCGACGGGGCUUCCAAGCGCAAAGGAGCAUUGAAAAUGGCCCAUCUGUGUGUAUCUCGAACGCUGGAGACUUUCGACGUCCGAGCGAUGUGUCCCUUCGAUCCUGAGAUUUAUCAUAUCGUUGAGACGCUGGCGGACGGUACAUUACACGCCCUACUUCAUGCGCGUCCUCAUCAGGCGUCCCGCAAGCCUGGUGAUCGUGUUGCUCCUGCAGUGGCUGCCGAUCAAACGCGGAAACUACGACCACGUGUUCGGACCGCUGAGGUCGUGGAUGACCGUUUGACCAAGCGACGCAAACUCCCUGCGGAUCGGCGUUUCAUCAUCUUUAUGCAGAUUAUCUGUGGCACUUCCCCUGAACUAACAAACGAUGGCCUCAGACAACUGGAGGACAUUAUGCUCAGAGAUGCUGAUGCAGAAUACUACUACGUCUUCGUCACGGCGAAGGAAGCAGUCCUGGAUCUCAGUAUCAUCCCACCUCAUUGGAUCAACCGCUUGAAGUGGUAUCACCUUUCCAUGGACGUCACUGUUGACGGAGGCCACUUCAUACACGUCAGUGAUGACUCCUCUGACGAGGAUGCGUAA